AUGGCGGCAGUUGCGGACGUGGAAAAAUGUGUGUGGCAUGCUUUCGAUGCGUUAGAUUGUCAUAGAACAGGGAUAGUACAAAAAUCAAGUCUCAAGGUUUUGUCAAAUAAUAUUGGACAGGUGUUUGGAUUAUUGAAGUCUGAAGAAAUUCUUGACUCGUAUGUGGAAAAUACCCUAGAAUUCAGCAAGUUCUUUUCAAUACUGAAAGAAGCGCUCCUCACAGAAUUGGCCGAGAAUGAAUCGUCUAUUCUCAUCUCUUCCAAAGUUGACAGAAUACAAACAAUAUGUUGGACGGUCUGUAUGAGCAAGUGCUUGAAAAGACGAAAUGACAUAGCCAAAGAGAAGCACAAAUUUUCCGACGAUCAUGUUUUCAAACUCUGGAAGCUGUUCAACUUCUUGGCUGAUGUCGAUGAAAAUGACAAUGUGAUAACGCCUGUGAGAAUAGACACAGAAGAAGGGGAGUAUAUCUGCUCGUUGGUUUGUCGCGAGACGGGACUCUGUGAACGAAACCGAUGGCGCAAGGAAGACGACACUGAGACGUCUCUGUUGACCUUCGUGACGUUCUUGGACAGACUGGAGAUGUGUUUUGUGGAUGUGGCUGCCAAGGAGCUCAGUCAGGCUAUUCAUGAUAUCUUUGAUGAUGUUAUUUUUGACAGACUAAAACAGGGUCCACUGGAGAAGUAUGGUAACUCUGUGACCAAGUGGAAGGAGCGAUGGUUCGUGCUGACAUCGAAUGAACUGAAAUAUUACCCAGACCGAGAGAAACACAUGCAAGAUCUGCGGGGAACCAUUAGGAUUUGUCAUAACUGUAAAACACAGCCUAUCCCAGAUAAAGCAGGUUCCAAGCUGCACCGAUUUGUUCUGAAAACACCCAACAGACAGUAUGAGUUGUCUGCCCCUGAUCUAAGAUCUAGAAAUGAAUGGCUUCUAGCUCUGCAGAAGGCUAUAAGUUUUGCCAACUCCCAGGAAAGUUUCCAGCGUAGGGCGUGGCAUGAGCGUAAGAAGGAACGAGAGGUAAGGCGGAGGGUCUCACAGGUCGAGGCUCGGAAACGGCAACAGGAGGAAGAGAGGUUGGCAAAUCAGCAGAGACAGUUAGAACAAGAGCAGCUGAGACAUUUACAAGAUCAAGAGCUGUUAGAAAAACAACUUAAGGAAUUAGAAGCAGAAAGAAAGGCGCGGGUGGAGGUGGAGGCGCGACUCAAGCAGCAGGCCGAGGAGCGCGAGGCAGAGCGUCAGAGACUGAAAGAGCUGGAGGAGAUCCACACCGAGAUGGAGAAACUACUAGAGACAGAGAGACAGGCCAAACGAGACGAGGAGAUUGUGAGGAACCUCCAAUCUCGGAUCUUGAAGGAGGAGUUUGAGAAGCGCGAGGAGAUGGAGAGCCUGAAGAGGGAGCAGGAUGAGUUGUUGGAGUGGGAGCGCCUGCAGCGGGAGAACAUGGAGAAGGCCCGGCACGACCAGGACAUGCUGCUCGAGGAGACCAAACGACGACUCCUAGAGCUGGAACGGGAAAAAGAGUCGGCCGACAAACUGCUCCAGGUUGGGGAUGCCAUACACAAGCUGAAGGAUGCUGAAGACUACCGUGUCAAUCUCAACGCCAAACUGAAGGCUAAAGAAAUCAAAAUCCCAGGUCUGGCUCGACUCGUUUCGGUGCCAGACCCUGAGCCAUUUGUAACCCACAGAGGGAAAGGAGCCUUCUCUGAAUCUGAAUUUACAAUCUCUAACAAUGUCUGCCAGGAGCCGAAAUCUCCAGACCCUGAGGAGAAGAAACCGUGCAAUACUGAUCCAGAAAUCAAAGAAUCUCGUCCAAAGAAGAACUUGCCAGGCAGAGGUCCUGAAGUGAAGACAUCUGUCCUUGACAAUGGGAAGAAGAAGAAUGGUGACAAAAAGCUCGUCGUCACACAGCCGAUCUGUACCACAAGCAGCAGCUAUAAGGCCCUGCAGGCGAUGAUCCGACAGUGCAGCAGGGAUGACACCGAUGACGUAGAUGAAAACAUCUACAAUAAUGAAGACAUCAUCGAGGGUGAGAAAAUGUGCCAUGCUGCUGAUGGAAGCAACGGAAAUGAAAGUCACAAUGGCAGCAGAGUUAAUGGUCUUGGUAACAGCAAGGCCAUGUCUGAUGGCAUUUGCAAGAGCAGCGAUAACAGCAACGUCGUUAUUGCUGUUAGCAAACUGAAUGGAAGUUCCUCCAGUCCGAGUAAAGUGAUAAACACAAACGGAAAUGUAGAGAAGUCCAGUAAAGCCAAUGAAGUAUUUCACUCUGUCGUUUAUCUGAAAAAGGACGGUGCUAAAACAGGAACAUUGGGAAACAAUGUCGGGAAUCAGUGCAAUGGAACAAUGGAAAAACAAAAUGAUGAACCAGGGACAAACCCGUUUGAGGAAGAUCAGGAUUACGAAGAGAUCAAACACGUUCCAAUAACAGAGUUAUGAGCAUCAACUCUUGGUUUGUGAUUUUUAAAAUUUUAAAUUGCAGGUGUGAAAGAUGGUAUGUUUUACUAGAGAUAUGAUGGUAUCAGAAUUCAAAAUAUUUACUAUCAAAUAAAUAGUUUUAAUUUGGGUGAAUUAAAAUUUGUUCUGAUGUAUGUAUUUUGGGGAGAGUUAUUUGGUCAGUCACAUGAACGAACAUGAACCAGCAGUCUGGUAUAGUCGUCCAGAUUUGAUAGUUUUUUGUUGUUUUUUUCAUCAAGAUCCAUUUUAUUCCAUCAAAUUGUGUCCCAUGUUUUGAAAAUGCUUCCAACCACGUCCUAGAAAAUAUAAAAAUAUGUUAACCCUUCCAGUGUGUGUUGCGACUAUAGUCGUGCCGUUAUACGUGGGCUUCCAGUGCAUGUCACGACUAUUGUCAUGUUUCAGCAAGCAUGUUUUGUACACGUAAACAGGGGAACUUCCGGCUUGUGAAUGUUAUGAAACUAAUGUUGAUUGGUACAUUGUAGCUUGUAGUUUCAAUUAUCCAAUGAAAUCGGCAGUAACAUGUUAUCGAGAGUUUAAGGGGCAAGGUUGGGGUUCGAUCGUUCCACAGUGUUGGAAGUUUGACAUUUGUCCAAAAUGGCCUCGAUUUCCCCCGUUCUUGAUUCAGGCAACGGUGACGACUUUGAGGGAUUCACUGCUUUCUGAACAGGUAAAAUAAAAUUAUGCGACUAAUAUUAAUUGGGCAAUGAUCUCAAUGAAAUUCACAACAUAUUUUCAAAUAGAUUUAUCCAUCAAUUUGUAUUUAUUUAAAAGUUACAGCUUAUAUAAAGCAAUGUUCUAAAUUCUGUUAUGGUAGCGCUUGAAAGGUUAAUUGUUCAGAAACAACAUUGUUAUACAAGGUUCGCCCUGCCCAUUGCCAAAUUAGCCUAUUACAAAUGUUUUUUACAAAGUGGCUACCACAUUUAGUCUUUCACUAAUAAAAUAUUCCUUAAAAUAACCACAUUUCAACCCUCAACAUUAACUUUUCCAUCUAGGAGUCAGAUGGCGCCUACUUCUAUUUUUUUUAUACAGAUAGUAUGCAAUGUUUAGUAGCCAAAUGAAAAAAAUGGUUGCCUGUGCAACCAAAUUGAUCGCAAUGUAGAGGAUUGCAUUUUAAUAUUUUUUCAAUGAACAAAAACUGUUAUAAUACCAAAAAUGUAUGUUACUGGUGCAAUUUGAUAUUUUGACACAGCGAUAGUACUGUCAACGAGAUGGUCAUUCUUAUUGUUAUUUUUUUUAUUCAGUAGGUAUUAAUGUGUCACUUAGUGAGCCAUAAUAUUAGGGUAGGUUGUAAUUAAUGUAAAUUGUAUAUACCGGUAAUACUUGCUAUAAGUUGAGAGUACAAUCAACAUGGUAAGACCAAACCUACGUUUGUUAACACAUUGUAUGUUGAAAGUGCUUGUGAGGAAUUCUGAAUACAAAUACCUGGAAUCUUUUAUUGCCAUCUUAACUUCACUUAGAUUUUGUAUUUUUUGUACGACUUGUUUCAAUAUUGCUUCAUAUAUUUGCUUUUAAAGAUAAAAGUGUUUUCAGAUCUCCGCUUUUUGUUUAUAAUUUUUACUUUGUAGCAAUAUUUUUCAUGCAAAAUCAACCUAGAUUUCUUUUGAUGAUAUAAUUACAUAAAACAGAAUCAGCAGAUUUCUGUUUUAGGUUCAGAAAUUCUACAUAAUAAAUGAGCCUCAUGUUGUGAUCCCAUUUGGCAAUUAUUACCAACACUGUGAUGAAGAGGUGCUGCUUACUUUUAUCCAGUAAUUUUGUAAAGUUGAUGGAUUGUCACAACACACUUUAAUAUUAAAAUAACAACAAAACUGAGAUUAAUGCAUUUGGACAUAUUCAUUUUCUAGUACGUGUAUUUAUUUAAAACAGCAUUAUCAAAUCAUAUUUGGUUAAAUUAAUUUAAAAGAAGCAACAUUGUCCUUUUUUUUUUUUUAUUGUUAUCAAAAUAAUAGUGAAUAUAUUUUGGCCCUACUAAAAAAAAUUCUGAUUUAUUGUUACCAAAAUAAUGGUGAAUAUAUUUUGGCCCUACUCAAUUUUUUCUGAUUUAUUGUUAUCAAAAUAAUGGUGGAUAUAGUUUUGACCCUACUCAGAAUUGAUCUUCCUCAUUUGAUCAGUUGAACAAAUUUCUAAAUAAGAACUGAAGUUUAUGAUAAUAUUUUAAAAUAAUAAUAACAUUAUAUAUAAUAUUAACUUUUAUGCAUUUGUGAUAUUCUUUAUUUUCUGUGAUUAACAAAAAUAUAAGAUAUGGCCAGGCUUCUGACUACAACAUACAUGUAAUACCUGUUGCAUUUUUAGCAUUAAAUCGGAAAAAAUGAAUUCUAUGUGUAUAUAAUAUUAUGUGUACAUUGUAUAUAUGUGUAUGUGUGUGGCGGGUGGAUGGGGGUACUCCUUUGAAUUGCAACUGAUGUUAACAGAAUAUUUCUACAGUUCUAGUCUUGUUUUUGUUUAUUUGAAAGAAAGGCUGCAUGUAAUAAAAUGAUGUCAUUAAUGUUAUAUGUUAUUAUGGUCAGGAGACACAUUGUGCGUAUAUUACGUUAACCUGUUGUACAUUGCAUUUACCUGUUAUUAGUCGCCCUAUCACACACAACACAUGCUUGUCAUUGCCUAACAUAUUGCCUACAAAACAGCAUUUAUUGAACUACUGUACAUUGCUAAUACAUUGCCAUUUUAUUUUGCGGAUGUUUUUAAUAUACUUUUGGCCAUAUACAUGUACCAAGGAAUACACUUGGUGUGGGCCAAGUAUUUCUACAAUAUUUAUUUUCAUGCAUUUUAUAUUUUGUAUUCUUUAUUAUUGGAAUAUUGUGCUAAAAUAUAGUGAAUCAUCACGUCAUAAAACGUUGUAUAUAUGAAAAGCAUAUUAAAUAAUUAUAUAUUUUAUUUUUAUUUUGGGUUUUGAUAUGUUUGAGAUGGAUUUGAUUAAAUCAGUUUGUACUUAGUAGAAAUGAUUUAUAUAAGAGCAUAUUUUGUGGGGAUAUUUGCUUGCUAUACCAUUACAUGUUUUAUAAUUUAACAUAUAAAAGCAUAUUUGUUAGCUGCAUGAUUAUUAUGUGUAUAAUCUAUAAAAGUAUAUUUUCUUCUGUUUGCUUGCACUGAUAUCUACACGUAUGUACGAUACUUCUGUAAACAAUCUGUCAAUGUCCACUUCAUUUCAUUUCAACUUAUUUUCGUGCUUAUAUCCAAUUAAGGUUCAAGCACGCUGUCCCGGGCUGCGAACCCUAUACCUACCAGCCCGUAGUCAGAUGUAUCAAUGUCCUUUACGCUAAUUCACAAUGAUUGUUCUACAUAUUUUUGCUGUUUGGAUAGUAAGUGCUGCGAACAAGUAACAAGAAAUUGAGGAUAUAAAAUCACUGUUUUAGAUCUAAUAAUUUAAAACAAAUGAAAGGAAUGUUUAAUGAUACCUCAGCUCAUUUGAAACUACAGCUGUUUGGUGUCUAGCGUGAUUAAAUAGACUGGGUCAGGGGAGGAGGGGCGGGACGUAGCCCAGUGGUACA